AGCCAGUUCAGCGAUCCGAACUGCUCUAUAGCUCGCUCGGCGAUCUCCGAGGUCUUCGCUGCCUGUCUUGGUACGGUUCCAGAUACGACGAUGCUGCUCGGGAAGCGGUCGAGGCCUCCGAUGCGGCGGACGACGAGCUCGCUGGAGUUUCCGGAUGGCGGAGUCUCCUUUGACGUCGAGGCCCCUCAGCCGCUGGAUCAGGGCGAAUCGAUCGGGUUCCAGCCUCUGGAUCCGCGGUGGGGCGCGGCGGAGGUGGCGCGUCGAGCGGUCAACGUCUCUGGGGCGGACUGGCGCGCGGCUCGGUUCGUGGGGUCCAUGCUUUCCCCCCGCGGCGGCGUGCAGAGGAGCAAUCCUGUGGAGUUGUCCGGCGACCACCCUGGGACCGCGGCCUUCUUGAGGGCAUGUGGUCUCUGCAAUCGACGCCUCGGACCCGGCCGGGAUGCGUUCAUGUACAGGGGUGAGAUUGCUUUUUGCAGCCUGGAAUGCCGUCAGGAGCACAUGAGCUUGGAUGUGCCUUCAGCAGCACAGGAACCAUGAAGAGUAUCUGGUGUUCGAGCUUUCUUCAUCUUUAUCUGGAGGACUGUGGAUUCAAAUGCUACAAAGCAACCAAAUGGAUGGCGCCCUGUGGUUCUGUAUUUUCCGGCAGCAUCAAUAACAGAUUCAUCAGCGCUAAAGAAGAGAAAUCUUAGACUCGAUGCUGCUGUUCUUUUUCAAUUUUUUCUUGGUGCUCAAAAGAAAGCAAGUAUCAAUUAUCUUCCUCCAUUUUCCCUGAAAGAUGGUUCUCUUUUUCGAAUGAUAGGACUUAGGAGACGCCUUUGGAUUUCAAUCACAAGGUUUAUUUUAGGUGGCCAUGUUAAUUUCUCCGAAAAUCAAUUGGGGGUUGUUAGA